AUGCUCACAGCAGUGACAGAGGGUCGCGGGGUCACAGACAAUAUCCAGAGAUUCUCCUCCUUGCCGCCAUACCUGCCUGUGAGCUUCCGUGUCUUCAAAGCCGAGACCUCGUUCUUCCUCAAGGAGGCUAAUCCUGACCCACUGCGGAAUGCCAGCCUGCAGUCUAGGGUGGAGUCUUUCUUCACCUACAAGGCCAGGCAGCCCCCAGUAUUAAAUGCCACUUAUGGACCUUAUUCUGCAGAAAAGGUUGUACCUCUGGACUUGAUGCUGAACCCAAACUUUUUAGGCCCAACCAAUAAGUUUCCUUUUGAUUGGAGGCUAAAAGCCCACAUCCUUCGGGAAAAGGUCUACCUGAGCCGGCCCAAAGUGCAGGUGCUUUUCCACAUCGUGGGCCGAGACUGGGGUGACCACAGGGCGGCCGAGAAGCUUCCCUGCCUGCGGGUCUUUGCUUUCCGUGAAACCAGGGAGGUGCGGGGCAGCUGUCGCCUGGAUGGGGCCCUGGGACUGUGUGUGGCAGAGCUGGAGCUGCUGCCCAGCUGGUUCAGUCCCCCGUUGCUUGUGGCCGGGCGCAGGAGGCCCUCAGAGCAGCCAGAGGGGAGUCCUGUGGAACUCUACUACACCGUGCAGCCAGGGGAUGAGCGUGGGGACUGUGCUGGAGGUGACAACAGGAAGGACAACGCCAUCCGUCCAGGAAAGGAUGGACAGGACAGGACGUCCCACCUACAGAGGAUUGGCACUGUUGGGCUUUAUCAGACCCAGGACAGCACCCAGCUCCGCAGCCUGCACCUGGAUGGCAAUGUGGUCAUCUGGCUGCCCUCCCAGCCAGUCAAACAGGGGGACAUAGUCACUGCCUCCGUCACCAUCUCCAGCAACUCCACCGUGGAUCUCUUCAUUCUGAGAGCCAAGGUGAAGAAGGGGGUGAACAUUUUGACUGCACAGACCAGCAAGCCUCAGCAGUGGGAUGUGAGGCAGGAGGUAGGCAAUGGUGGAAAGCAUACCACCACCUCUGUGGCCUGCCAGCGCCUGGGCCCCGGGGCACGCAACAGAAGCAGCAGUCUAUUCAGUGAGGUGGUGCAGAUGAACUUUGAAAUCGCCAGCUUCAGCAGCCUCUCGGGGACGCAGCCCAUCACAUGGCAGGUGGAGUACCCGCGGAAAGGAACCACGGACAUCGCAGUGUCGGAGAUCUUCAUCAGCCAGAAGGACCUGGUGGCCAUUGUCCCCCUUGCUAUGGACACUGAACUCCUGAACACAGCCAUCCUCACAGGGAAGACGGUGGCCAUGCCAGUCAGGGUGGUGUCAGUGGAGGAGAACAGCACCGUGAGGGACAUUUCAGAGCUGGUGGAGUGCAAGACCACGAAUGAGGAUGCCAUCAAGGUGUCAGACCACUGUGACUAUGUCUAUGUCAACGGCAAAGAGAUUAAGGGCAAGGUGGAUGCCCUGGUAAAUUUCACCUACCAGCACCUGAGCACACCCUUGCAUGUCACCGUGUGGGUCCCAAGGCUCCCCCUCCAGAUCGAUGUCUCUGACACAGAACUCAGCCAGAUUAAGGGCUGGAGGGUCCCCAUCGUGGCCAGUAAGAGACCAACCCGGGACAGUGAGGAGGAGGAGGAGGAGGAGGAAGAACAGCGUGGUCGGGGCUGUGCCCUGCAGUUCCAGCAUGCCACUGUGCGUGUCCUCACCCAGUUUGUGUCAGAGGGUGCGGGGCCCUGGGGCCAGCUGAGCCACCUGCUGGGUCCAGACUGGCAGUUUGAUAUCACCCACCUGGUGGCUGACUUCAUGAAGCUGGAGGCCCCGCAUGUAGCCACCCUGAAGGACAGCAGAGUUCUGGUUGGGCGGGAAGUCGGAAUGACAACCAUCCAGGUGUUGUCCCCACUGUCCGACUCCAUCCUGGCAGAGAAGACAGUGACCGUGCUGGACGACAAAGUAUCCGUGACAGACUUGGCAAUCCAGGUGGUGGCUGGGCUAUCUGUCACCCUGCACCCCAUCUCAGAAAACAAGGCCACCACUGCUGUGGCCACAGCUGAGGAACUGCUGCGUGCCCCUAGACAGGAAGCAGUGGUCAGCACGUGGCUGCAGUUCAGUGAUGGCUCAGUGACGCCCCUGGACAUCUAUGACACCAAGGACUUCUCCAUGUCUGCCACCUCUCUGGAUGAGGCUGUCAUCUCAGUCCCCCCGCCCCUCUCCCCUUGGUGGCCCAUUGUAGUGGCUGAAGGGGAAGGCCAGGGCCCACUGCUCCGAGUGGACAUGACCAUAGCUGAGGCCUGCCAGAAAUCCAAACGCAAGAGUGUGUUGGCUGUAGGUAUUGGCCAUGUCAGGGUCAAGUUUGGAUGGGAUGACUCUAGUCCAGCUGGAGAUAAGGAUGAGGACGAGAUCAAGAAUCGUGCCAGUGAUCGCCGGCAGAAGGUGCAGGAGCUGGAGCGCCCAGGCCAGGAGGGGCGCUCCCAUGGCAGCUCUCCUGGGGAGCGUGAGGAAGGGGCCCUGCGGAGUGCCACCACCUCUGCUAAAUCCCUGUUGGAUAACAAGGUAGGCAAGAGCGGCCGCCUGGAUGGGACCAGACUGUCAGGAGAGGCACAGCUGCAUACCAUCCCCAUAGACUUCACCAACUUCCCAGCCCAUGUGGACCUCCCCAAGACAGGGGGUGUGCUGGAAGAGAAUGGCCUAGUGCAGACUGCCCAUGGCCUGAGUGACCUGGAGAUCGGCAUGUAUGCCCUCCUGGGGGUCUUCUGCCUGGCCAUCCUUGUCUUCCUCAUUAACUGUGCCACCUUCGCCUUUAAAUAUAGGCACAAGCAGGUACCAUUGGAAGGCCAGGCAUCCAUGACCCACUCCCAUGACUGGGUGUGGCUGGGCAAUGAGGCAGAACUCUUGGAGAACAUUGGAGACGUGUCGCCACCCCAGGAUGAGCACACAACCAUCAUAGACCGAGGAUUGGGGGGCUUUGAGGAGAACAACCAUCUGCUUCUUAAUGGAGGCUCCCAGAAGCACCUGCAGAGCCAGGUACACAGGCCAACAAGCACUGGGGGGCAGCAGAACAGGGAGCCCAAGCAAGAGCCCAUGCACUCGCCAACCUCCAAGCGGAAGAAAGUAAAGUUCGCCACCUUCACCACCAUCCCACCAGAGGAUGGGUACCCCACCGUGAACUCCAUCCUUGGUGGCCAUGAGGAGGACAUCAAGUGGGUUUGCCAAGACCUGGACUUGGGUGCACCCAAGGAACUCAGAACCUACCUGGAGAAAUUCCAAGAGAAGGCAUAGCCCUGGGGCACAGCACCAGCCUGGACACCUGCUUCCCUCCCUCAAUGGGGUAGCCAGGUGCAAAGAGCACACCCUGGGCUGAGUCAGGGGGGCUGGGGCCCCACAAAAGACUGGCUAGAGGUUUGGAAGCUGGGAAAGAACAUUUUUCUAUUAAAGUGUUUGUUUUUAGCAGUUGGGUUUGGUGGACAUUCAGGAGUUUGAGUCUCUGACUCCCUGGGAAGGUGGAGUGAGAACAAAACAGAGAACCACUCAGGCAGGCAGAGGAAGGUUAUUUAUGAUUCUAAAUCCAUCGCAGACAGGCUACCAAAAAGGAUUUGUUAAAAAAACACAAAAAGACAAAUAAAAAGACACAAAUGACCAUUGCUUUAUAUUUCUAAUAAAGGAACAAAAUGUAAAAAUAGGGCCUCCUAAGAGACAGCUUCCAUCUUAAUUCAGUAGUCAUGUUUCCAAGGACGGCCUGUCUGUCAAACUGAGCUGGGGAAAAGAUAGGAAUGAACACUUGAUGCCUCUUAAACAAGAAUUUUUAAUUUUGA